AUGGGGUGUUUGGACCCCAGAAUGCUCAUGUCUAAACAACACAUGUUACUAGAAGACAAAGGAAGGCGGCAGCAGCGGCAGCAGCAGCAGCAGCCUAACCAGAUCAUGUAUCACAAUGUUGGUGAUUGGGGCCUCAACUGUGAAGAAGCAGCCACCUGGGCCCCAGUCCUUGGACCAGGUGGCUGGCAGAAUUCCCUCUGCUGGAAGAGCCCCACGGAGCUCUCCCUUCAGGGCUCAGGUGGCUAUAGCCAUUUUGAUUUGGAUUAUGAAAGUCGCUCUUACAUAGGCAGAGUAAUACCUGUCCCCAGUUCCCCGAAGGAUGCCACAGCAGCCUCCACAGCAGCAGCAGCAGGAGUUCCAGCAGCAGCUCCAAUAGCUCCUCCUCCUCCUCCUCCUCCUCUUUCUCCACUAUCUUCGUCUCCUCCUCCUCCUUCUCCUCCUCCUGCCCCCGGCCCCCGAGCCCCGCUGCCCCCAGGCAGUAGUUACGCGUGGAGGAUUAGGGGGCGCACUUCUCCCUGCUCCAUGCACCCCCUCACACUCCUCCCCAGGCGUCCCUCACCUCCUCAGCCCAGCCCACCUUUGCCCUCCUCCCGCCUGAGAAACACACCAACUCAACCUCUCUUAGCCUAUAUUGAUGGGCCAGAUGUUAUAGCCAGCACAGUUGAUUCCCAUAUGGAAAUUAAUGAUGCAUCAAUAUCAAUAAAAAGGACCAACACAAUUUCUUACAAAAACCUUCAGGAUAAAUUUUUAAUACAAGCAGAAGGACGUAUGCCUUUGGACUGUAUGUUUUGUGAACAGACUUUUAAACAUCCAGAAGAUCAACAUCCACCCACACUUUGUGAACCAGCAGUUCUCUGUGUUGAAGCAGAGUAUCUUAGUCCUCUUGACAAAAGUCAAGUGAGAACAGAGUCUCUGAAGGAGACUGGCAAAGAAAAUGAAGAAUUUAGUUGUGAAGUCUGUGGGCAAACAUUUGGUGGAGUCUUUGAUGUUGAGACCCACGUGAAAAAACAUAAGGACUUUUUCACUUACUGGUGUACUGGAAGAAGAUUCAAAGAACCUUGGUUCCUUACAAAUCAUAUGAGGACACACAUUGGCAAACCUGGGUCCAGAAACAAACUACAGCAAGGCUUAGAUAGUCCAAUAACAAUAAAUGAGGUUGUACAGGAGCAAGUAGCUGAAACUGUCACAUCACCUUACAAAAUCUGCAUGGUUUGUGGCUUCCUAUUUCCAAAUAAAGAAAGCCUAAUUGAGCACACCAGAGUCUUUCUGCUAGUGAAACAAACUGUUGACUCUAGUGAAGGAGGAAUGUCAUCUCAGAGGAAAGAAUUUCUUCAAUUUCUAAACUUGAGACCAAACCCAACACCUGAAAAAAUUAAGAAACCUGCAAAAUGGAUCGCUGAGUUGGAUCCAUUUAAUACAUAUCAAGCAUGGCAGUUGGCUACCAAAGGCAAAGUUACUAUUGGCCGUGGAGAACUGAAAGAACCUGGACAAGAAGGAAGUACAGACAAUGAUGAUUCAUGUUCAGAUAAAGAAGAACUUGGAGAGAUUUGGAAUGCCAAUAAAAGCCAUACUGAAAGUACUGGGAAGUCCAAAACAAAUAAAAACAGUUGUGCAGGAAUUGGCCUUUCACAAGACAAAGAAAAGAUUAAACACACCAGUGGUGAAGUGCCUUCAAUGGAUGGGGAUCCCAAAUUAACACAUAAUAAAGAGAAACCAACACAUUGCUCUGAGUGUGGCAAGGUUUUUAGAACAUACCAUCACCUAGUUCUUCAUUCAAGAGUUCAUAAAAGAGAAAGGGGAACUGAUGCUGAAUCUCCAACUUCUAUUGAGAGAAGGCAACACAGAACAUAUUCUCCAGAUUCAGCCACAGCUCUAGAUGAAAAUGGAACAAUGGAUCGAGUGGAAGGUGGUUCUGAAGAUGGAUCAGAAGAUGGACUUUCUGAAGUGCUUCAUUUAGAUAAAAAUGAAGAUGGCUUGGAAAGAGGAAAAAUUAAACAUCUUGCUUCAUCCGGAGAGUGUAGCUAUUGUGGAAAGUACUUCCGUUCAAAUUAUUACCUCAAUAUUCAUCUCAGAACAACAGGCGAAAAACCGUACAAAUGUGAAUUUUGUGAAUAUGCUGCAGCUCAGAAAACCUCUCUGAGGUAUCAUUUAGAGAGAUAUCACAAGGACAAGCAAAUUGAUAUUACCACUGAAGUAAAGAAUGAUGGCAAAAACUCACUACUGAGUCGGGAAACUGAAGAUAUGCUAUUAACAACUGAUGGUGCUCAAACCAAAAAUUUGAAAAGGUUUUUUGAUGGUACCAAAGAUACUAAAGGCUGUACAGCUGCAAAACAACAUAAAGAAAUGCCUUCUGCCUUUCCAAAUGUUUUGGGAAGUGUACAUUCAAACAUAAAUAAGGAUAUUCAGGAUUCCAGUAAAAAUACAGUUGACGACAGUGCUAAUAAAAUGAAUAAAAAUGUAGUCACUCCGUACUUGGACAAAUUAAAAAAGAAAUCAGUAAUUGAGCCUCAGGCAAACAACCCUGUUUGUAAAACAGAGAAGGAUGGUCUUUCUGGCAGAGGAGAUACUGCAAACCAUGGAAGUGAAGUAAAUAACAUAGAUGAAAUAAAAGAGAGUAUUCCUAACUGCAAACAUAAACCAAACAUGGACUCUGAGGAAAAGCCUUUGAAUUUAUCCAUUGGGUCUGCCCAAGAACGUGCAGCUGUUUCUGUCAGCAAAGGCUUAUUAGCAACAAGCACCUGCCCAUUUUGUACUUACAGAACAUUUUACCCAGAAGUUCUAAUGAUGCAUCAGAGAUUAAUGCACAAAUACAAUCCUGACAUUCAUAAAAAUGGUAGAAAUAAGUCUUCAGUUAAAAGUAGGCGUACUGGAUGCCCACCAGCUUUACUUGGAAAGGAUAUGCCUCCCUUAUCUACCUAUUCACAUAAAUCUAAGAUUUCUCUAGCAACUCAGUCAAAGUCACCGCAGCCAGAGAAAGCUAAGCAGUGCCUACCCUUGCUGAGCAAAGUUCCACUUUCUUCAGGAAUAGACUCUAGCACUUUAGCCCCAAGUAACCUGAAGUCUCACAGACCACAACAAAAUAUUGGAGCUCAAACAGGUGUGAUUGGACAGCAGUCGGAGAUGCAUUCUAAAACCAGUGCUUCUCCAGUACCUGACAGAAUAAAAAGACCAGAAACAAAAUUAAAAUCUCUGAGCAUAUCUUCUCAACCUGGCAUAGUAGGCAAUAAUGUCAAUGGUUCCUCUGACUAUCCUCUUAAAAGUGACUCUCCAUGGUCUAGUAAUCAAGGAAGAGAAUAUUUUUGCAGUCAAAAUGUAGACACUGUCAAUGUGGAAUUUGGUGAACCAUCUUUGAAAAGAAUGAAAUCUAAUGUAGUUACUCUUGAACUUGAAUCUGCAACAGGAGCCAAUUAGAGAAGAGAAUAUAAUAUAAACAGAUACCAUGUUCCAAACAGAAUUGCAAACCUAUUACCUCAGGAUUGUCCCUGUCCACCUGUGUCAUUGUUACCAAUCAAGCAAGGGCUCCUGAAUUCAAAUGAAGCUGAUUCUCCAAAUGUACUGAAUGUCCUAAAGUCGUAUGAGCCAUAUGGUCCUGGACCACUUUAUAGUUCUUGUGGAUCUAGUGGUAGUCAAGCAUCAAGCUCUGCAGUAGAAGGAAAAAGGCCCAUAUCUUGUCAACAAUUAUCUAACAGCAUGCUGCAAAAAAGAAACUAUGAGAAUCUUAUUACUAAUACACAUUAUCGACCGAAUGACAAGAAAACUUGAUUUUUUGGGGGGAAAAAGGUCUCAUAAGGACAUAAUUACAUAUUCUCUAUGGAAUUACCUUCAACUCAUCCUUUGAGAAAAUGAAUGGUGAAAGCUACUGAAAUAA